CAUAUUCCCACAUCCUACAGGCUGGCCACGAUGAAGUCUGAGGCAAAGAACAAACGUGAGGAAAGAGAGCGGGUGGAAAAAGUGAAGUCUCAGGUGAAAGAGAUAAGAAAGGAGGAGCUGGCAGUUCAGUUCAAGGAGUGGACAGUGGAUGUCAGUGGAAGAAUACCGGUUGCACUGGUUCAGAGUGCCCUGAGGUCUUUUCUGGAUGUCAUUGCUUCUACUCCCACAGAUGUGAAAAAACCCGUCUAUGACAAGAAGCUGGAAGUCAUAGACACAUUGGGAAAAAAAGUAAACAUGGACGAAUUCACAGAGUACGUCUAUUUCUACACGGAACAUUUUUCAAAUGACACGUUCCAAGAAAUCCUGAAACAUCUCUGUCAGUGUGCUGUUGACUUCCAAGAAGCAAUAAGGCAUGAUAUGUGGAGGCAAAUGUUUACUGAUCUCUUUCUAGAUUGUGAUUAUGGAAAGGUUGGUCUCUUAGAUAGACACAAAAUCCUUGCCCUACUCAUACACUUCUAUGGCAGAAGCCCAGUGGUGGCUGAGACGGGACUCUCUAACCCAAGACAGUGGCCAAUAAUUGAGCUGCAAGAGAUUGAGCUUAUGAGUUUAUGGGGAGGCCUUGAUGAGCAGGAAGUUUGUGAGGAACUCAGCAAAAAGUUAGGCACAGAGAUGAGUGAAGUUGAAGCUGGAGAAAUUUCUGAGGAAGAAAACCAAGCAGCAGAGUCCAGUGAUGCUGAGUUGAGACCGGAAAGCGAGGACACUGCCUCAGCAGUGAAAAGCACUGAUUUUGAAGCUAGUGAUUUGGAUGGGUAUAUAAUAGAUAGUGAGAAAUCCAGUUUCCUGGAAGACAUCAAAACUGAGAUGGAAACUGAGUCUGCAACUGCAGGCAAAUCGGAGGAAGCUUUCCCUGGAUCAGACGCUACUGGGCACAGUCUCAGUGGAGAAGGUGGAUCUGAAAAACAGGUGGAGGAAGAGGAAUUGGGCCUGAGCAGAGAGCCUGAUACAGAAACAAAUAGAGAAGCAGAAAAUUAUAUCUUAGAUGGAGAACCUGGUUCAGAAGGUCAAAUUAGUCAGGAGGAGAAGAAUUGGGUUGAAGAGUCAACCAACACAACUUCAGGACCAACACCUGAAGCUACAACCAUGGCCUCCGAAGACAAAGCUGUGGCAGGCAUGGAUGUCAUUGCUUUAAAACAGGAUGCUCCGGUUGCAGAGCAUCAAGAGGUUGUGGAAGAAACUCUUGCAAGAAAAGAGAGUUUUUCUAGCCAGCAUGGCAGCCAGUUUGGUCAAGAGACAAGCUCAGAGACAAGACUGCAGAAUGAGGACCUUCUGCAAGACCAAGGUAAAGACUUACAUCCCAUCAUGGCAGAGAUUCAGAACCGUUCAGGUUCUUGUACUAGGAGUGCCUUUGAGGAGAGCUGCCUCAACCUGCCACAGUUUGUACAGCUCAUGGAGACAUUUGUUGGGGAAGACAUUUCUCUCCCUGCUCUAAAGAGCCUUGUUGCAUUUAUCAAAGAAGAAUACAAACAGACAGAAGAGGAAAAAAUGGAACAACUAGAAAAAGUUCAUCGCAUCUCUCGCUUGGCGCAACGGAAACUGCUUCUGGAGGCACUUUUCAACAAGUGGGACAAAAAUGCAUCUGGGUUUCUGUACCUGGAAGAGGUGGAUGCUGUUCUAAGCACAUUCAAGGAAGGGAUGGAAAAAGAGGCCUUGAGGAAGGCAAAGGAACGCCUUUGCUCCUGUUACCCACAGCUCAGCAGAGUGGGGAAGCUCUCCCCAAAGGCAUUCCAGACUUGCCUUGAGUUAGUUGCUUCUGAGCUCACUGGUGACGAUGACGAAGUGAUUGAUAACUUGGUGGGAUUUCUGACCACAAGUGUAGAACGGAGUCCCGCAGAGAGCCUGCAAAGCUUAGCCAGAAGGAAAUGGCUGCACAACAUCCAGCAAGCAGCUGAGACCAGCGGAGCAAGCAUGGAGCCAGUUUACAAAGCAGUGUUUAAGGCCCUCUCCCAGGAUGCAGAAGCCCAUGGGGGUCACAAGAAGAUCAGUGCAUAUAUUGCCCUUUUGGAAGAGAACUGGCUCUCCCCAGAGCGGGGAGAGAUUCUCCUACACUAUGUGGCAUGUACCGCAGAUGAUGCUCCAUAUGUCCUAAACCAGAUACUUCACAAAGACAUGAAAGGAGUAAGCUUUGCAGCUGUAGAAGAGGGAAAGCCAAUCCAUGUUCCAAGAGUUCAGCUCCAUGGAAAUAUCCACUUCUGGAACUACGACCGCCCAGUGCAGGAGAGAAAAGGUUCACUCCUGAUACUGCCAUUGCACGACAUUCUAGGACUUGACACUCUUCGGGACCAGUGUGAGAAAAGCAUCUUUCUGAGCCAUGAGAUCUGCUUCUACCAGGGAGUUUCUCAUGCAUUCAGCAAAGCCUACCAUCAUGUUUCCAGCCUGGAAAAUAUUCUACAGAUGACUCUUACUGCGCUGGACUGGUUGUAUCCCAGGGCACCCAACAUCCACACUGUUACUAUGUACCUGGUGGAGCCUGACAAAGACAAGACAUGGGACUACGCUCUGCGCAAGAUGAUUACUACAGAUAAUACAGGACAAAAAGAAAUUUGUAGCUCUCCUGUUCUUCUCCUCAGAAAAGAAAACCCCUUAAGAUAUUACCUAUUUAAGUGCACAGACAGUUCACAGGUCAUUUACACUUCUGUCUAUGGAGAAUACCACAUUGCAGUACCUCUCCGUGACUUAUCAGGACAAGCUCUUGGCAUAUUGGAUAUCAGCAUCGGACACAACCAGAAAUUACCACCUCAUGAACACAGAGACCUACAGAAAAUGCUAAAGAUGGCCCAAGCUGCCUGCUCUGAGAUACUGAAGAAGCCUUUAGAUGAAACAGAAACAACCUAUGUACUGGAGGCAGAACACGUGGCAAAUUUGAGGCACGCAGGGAUUCUGUUCCACUGGUUCAUGCUGCAGGACCUGCGCAAGUGUGUCCAGAAACUCGAUGCUGAGAGCUUUGCUGGAAUAAAGAGCUAUGCAGAAUUGCCAGCUCUGAUACACAACAUAGUUAAGGCUGUGCUGUUGCUAUUCCAUCCAGACUGGAAGGGCUCAGAGAAGAUUGAGAACUGGAGUCAGUGUAAACUGAAUCUUGAUGACAAUUUGAUUCAGGAGAUUUAUUGCUUUGAUCCAACUGCUGCAGCUGUGCAAGUUCAAACAGAGCUGCUGCUGGACUGCCUCACUGGUGUCCCUGUAGCAGCGGUGGAGCAGCACGGCUCAGCUCCAGCCGAGUGCCUGUACCAGUGGGUGCACACCUGCCUGUCACUAGCAGAGAUCGCAAGGAGCCUGCGCAAGAGAAAAUCCCCAUCUUUAGUCCCUUUUGCCAUUCAGUUCUAG